ACAAAAAUACAACACAUGGCAUUCACUCUUGCAUAGGAGAGAUAUCAACGCUUGUUAUAGGUCCAUAAAUGGUUGUGAAAGCUUUCGUUUAUAAUAUUAGUCAAACGAUAAUGGUGUUUUGACAGUUGGAAAGAGGAGAGCAAUACGCCUGUGACGAUGACUGAGAGUGAGAGAGGUGAAUACCACCAGGUGAAGAUGAAGGCAGGCUUGGACACCAGUUUGAGAAAGGAUGUACUGUACCUUAACAAGGGUACUGAUGACCAAAUGGAAAUCACUGGUUACAGACCGAACAGGAUGAAGAGGUGGGGGAUGUACGUGGGGUACCUGUUGACGGCUGGCAUACUGCCCCUAGUGAUGUACUGGUGUCCACAGUGGUACAUUAAAUGUACGCACACCAAGACCAAGCUGGCCGACGCUACCAAAGUACUACUCAAGGAUCAAUAUGAGCAGUGGUUUGUUGCUGAAAUCAUUCUGGUUACCAAAGAUGGCACAAGAGUCAAAAUAAUCCGUCCCACUCCCACUUUUUCCUUCUCCAAGAGACGUCGAAAAGCCACGGCUGGUUUUGUUUAUCAAGGACAAGGGCCUGAUGAAAAUCUGAUGAGAUAUUUCACUGUGAAGAAAGUCAAGUACUGCUGGAAUAACGAAACUCAAGAGUUUGAGAAACUCAAAGGUCUGGAGGAUGAUAUGAGCUGUUCACAGUUCCACAGGUUGCAGGGUCUGUCUGUAGCAGAACAAUGUCGCAGACGAGUUACUUAUGGUGCUAAUUCCAUUGCUGUUCAUGUCAAACCUAUUCUGUACCUUUUGUUCAAAGAGGCUUUAUCACCGUUCUAUGUGUUCCAAGCUUUCAGUGCCUCGGUCUGGUUUUCCGAUGAGUAUGAAAUCUAUGCCUCCUGUAUUGUCUUCCUCUCAAGUCUCUCGAUCAUUGUCUCCAUUUACCAAACCCGAAAAAUGCAAAGGGCUCUCAGAAACACAAUCCAGUCAUCUACACUAGUCAGUGUUUGCAGGGAGAACGAUGAGUUUGUUGAGAUUCACUCUGAUGAUCUCGUUCCGGGUGACAUCAUCGAGAUACCAAGACGAGGCUGUGUCAUGCAGUGUGACGCUGUGCUGUUAACAGGGAACUGUAUCGUGAACGAGAGCAUGCUCACUGGGGAGAGUGUACCAAUUACAAAGACCCCUUUGCCUAACCCUGCAGGACCCACAACUAACCAAUCAGAUCACUCCGAUAUGAAGUUCAACAUGAAGGACCAUGCCAAACAUGUCUUAUUUUGCGGCACCGAGGUCAUUCAAACUCGUUUCUAUGGAAACCAAAAGGUCAAGGCUGUUGUCAUCAGAACAGGGUUUUCCACCUCCAAAGGAGAGCUAGUCAGAUCCAUCAUGUACCCAAAGCCGGCAGAUUUUAAGUUUGAGAGAGACACCUACAUUUUUGUCGGUGUUUUAGCCAUCAUUGCUGGAAUGGGAUUCAUCUAUACCAUCGUAUUGGAGGUCCAUAAUGGAGAAGACGUUUCAGACAUCAUCCUGCAUGCACUGGACAUCAUUACCAUUGCUGUACCCCCUGCCCUGCCUGCAGCGCUGACUGUGGGGAUCGUGUUCGCUCAGCGGCGACUCAAGAACCACGAGAUCUACUGUAUCAGUCCCCGCAGCAUCAAUGUGUGUGGAGGAAUCAAUGCCGUCUGCUUUGAUAAGACAGGGACUUUGACAGAAGACGGCCUUAUGAUGCAAGGAGUCAUUCCAACUAGCAACAUCAGUUUCUGUGAGGAAGUGUUGGACCCUAGUCUGUUACAACCUAGUCCCCUACUGGUGGGAAUGGCCACCUGUCACUCUCUGACCAUCAUAGACAAUAGCAUUGCCGGGGACCCUCUAGACGUCAUCAUGUUCAACAGCCUUGGCUGGAUGUUGGAGGAGCCGGGAGAGGAAGGCAGCAGGUUCGACAUGAUGGUCCCUACCGUGGUGUACCCAGGGUCGUCCUCACCCCUCAGGUCCAAGGAUGAACUUCAGUAUGGAGUAAUCAGGCAGUUUACAUUUUCCUCUGGACUUCAAAGAAUGUCUGUGGUAUCCAGAAAGUUAAACGGACAGAACUUUGAACUGUACACAAAAGGUGCCCCAGAAAUGAUAGCCUCCCUCUGCAAGCCGGAAACUGUUCCUCCAGAUUUCCAGGAAAAGCUGAUGUCCUUUACCAAACAUGGUUACAGGGUGAUUGCAAUGGCGUGGAAGGAAUUGCCUCCUAAAAUCAAUUAUGUCAAAGUUCAAAGAAUACCAAGGGAGCAGGUGGAGAAGAACCUUAACUUUGUGGGUCUGAUUGUGAUGGAGAACAAACUGAAGCCAGAGACCACGCCCGUAAUUAAGGAGCUGAGGGAGGCCAACAUCAGGUGUAUCAUGGUCACAGGUGACAAUCUAUUGACUGCUAUAAGUGUUGCCCGGGAGUGUCGCAUGGUAGACGCCGCAGACCAGAUCAUACUAGUGGAGGCUGCUGUUGCCAAGGACAACAAGCCCGCUCUGAACUUUGUGUACGCAGACGACAAGACAAAACCGGUGGAGGAGGUGAAAGGGGGUGGAUCCGGAAGUUUGAUCCAGAUUGAGGAGUUGGACCAGGUGUUCCACUUUGCUGUUGAGGGAAAGUCCUGGUCCGUACUGCAGCAACACUAUCCCGAGAUCUUAGACAAGAUUGCUGUUAAAGGAACUGUAUUUGCUAGAAUGUCUCCCGAGCAAAAAGGUCAACUUGUUGAAUUACUGCAGAAUCUUGGGUACUAUGUUGGUAUGUGUGGAGAUGGGGCCAAUGACUGUGGGGCCCUCAAGAUGGCCCACGCCGGGAUCUCACUGUCCGAGGCUGAGGCGUCAGUUGCCUCUCCUUUCACCUCCAAAGUCCCCAACAUUGAGUGUGUCCCCAAUGUAAUCAGACAAGGGAGAGCUGCUUUGGUGACUUCAUAUGGUAUAUUCAAGUACAUGGCCUGUUACAGCUUGACCCAAUUUGUGUCUGUGUCCAUUUUAUACUAUAUAUCAGCAAGCUUGACAGAUCCAGAAUUCCUGUACAUUGACUUGUUCCUCUUGUCAACUCUCAGUAUUACAUUUGGAAGAACUCAUCCGUAUCCAGAGCUGGCCAAGGAGCCCCCUCCUAUCAGCCUGACUAACAUCUUCCCCAUCAUGUCCCUGGUGCUACAGAUGAUCAUCCAGGCGGCGGCACAGACCUUCUGCUUCCUCCACAUCAAAGCCCAGCCGUGGUUUGAGCCUUUUGAGGAGAACCCUGAUGAUGACUACUGGAGCUAUGAGAACACCGCUGUUUUCUCCAUCUCCACCUAUCAGUACAUCAUUUUGGCCGUCACUUUUGCCAAAGGAUAUCCGUAUCGGAAAAACAUGUUUACCAAUUAUUGGUUUCUAGCAAAUGUGAUUGUUUGCUUUUUAACAACUGUCUGGGUCACAAUUUACCCCGAACCUGAAGGAUUUAAAAACCUCAUGGAGCUUCGUCCGCCGGAACAGGUCAGCUAUCGCCUGCUGUAUCUAGGGAUCGCUGCUGCCAACUUCUUACUGUCCGUGCUGAUUGAGACAUACCUGCUUGACAAUCCAUAUUUACGAAGGAAAUUUUCACGAUUUAUUGACCAUUGUUUCCACCACACAGAAGUGAAGUAUAAAACAAUUGAAAGAGAAAUAACUGAGAAUCCAGACUGGCCACCAAUAGAAUCAUCACCAGGAGGCAUGGCUAAUGGGUACACGCGGUUAGUCAGCAUCAGUUCAAACCACGAUGGUAGUCUUUACUGUCUCUCCGAUUCCGAAUCAGAUGUCAAGAGCCUCGUUUCCGUAUCAUCUAGCAAGAUACCACCACCCAACCAACAACUAACAAACGUGGGUAAAUUCUCGGUGAAUCAAGGAUCUCUACCCUGCAUCGCUAAUGGUGAACCUAAUGACGCACCAGGCCCCGUUAAGAUUAGUCAGAAGGUGAGGACACUCAGUGAAUCGGAUGCCAACGGGAAGCUAGGUUUUGUUCCAGGGAACGACGACAGUAUUCUGUCUGAUGAAAUCACUUCUCUCGCUCAUGCAAGAUCCAGAGACCAAAUGUCUAACAGUUCUAAUGCAAUUCCUCUCCUUGAUCCACCCCCGGACAGGAAAAAGGUGUUGGAUCCCAAAAACUCUUAGGGAAAAAAAAUACCUGUAUGUUCACAGAUUCUUCAUACUAUUAAGUUAUUUGAAAGUAGAAUGUAAUUAGUAUAAUUUAUACAUGUAUAUGAUAGUAAAAAAAAAUGUAUUUAGUAUUUUUACAAAUUUUUAGAAAAUAGAAAUUUAGAACAAUCUAUGCCCAUGAAAAUCUAGAAAUGCUUAAAAUGUAAUGUUUUUAUCUGUACAACAAGUCCUAUUUCCAGGACCAGUCAAGAAAGUGUUGUCUUUAUAUCUACUAUGCAAUCCACUAUGAUUCUGAUUUCAGGUCAGGGGAAACUUCAAAUUCACUUGUCAGUUUUGUUUCUUUCAAAAAUCAAACUUUACAUACCUUGUCCUUGACCUACCCACAGAUAGGGAUCCAAGGUCAAUGUCAUUCUAGAAUUGAAUUGGACUGUCAUUUAUACAGUUAAUGAUAUACAUAAUAUGUAGAUAUUUGAAUUGGGUAUUGAGUAUUCUCUCCCUAUCUUGCUGUUGUGCACAUUUUCAAUCUCAAAGUCAAUUUUUACCAAAAAAAAUCACUUGUCAAAAUCUAUUGUACUUUACCAAAGAAACUGGUGAUACAGUUCUUCUGUAUUCAUCAAAUUAUAUUUUUGUAGACUUUGUUGUGUCACAGAUUCAAAUUAAUAUGAUCUCAAUUUUGCCUUUUUAAACAAAGUAUUCUUUGUUGAUCGUAGCUUUUAGUUCACUUCAAGAGCCAAACAUACCAUUCUUCCCAUGAUGGAGUUUACAUGCAGCAUUAUGUUUUUAAAAAAUCACUAUAUUCUGUCCCAAGAUAUUUAUGCAGCACAUUUUCUUCAAUCAUUCAAUAUUUAAAAUACCUCAGGGUUCAAACGAUGUUCAUCAGUAGUAUGAAAAAGUCUCAAGAUUUCUCCUUUGAAAUGCCCCCACUAUCUUGUCAGGUUUCAAUACACGGUCUACACAAAGUUUACGGGAUUUUGCAUUGCAACAGACAUAAGUACCCGGAUGAUAAGGUUGAAAAAUUGUAUGAGGUAUUCAGAGUGACUUCCGAUUGGAUAAAAGAUUUAAACUUUUCCUGUUAUAAAUCUCUGUAAGAAAUCUGUUUUCAUUCUUGUGAAUUUUUAAGAGUGAAAAAUGAAAAUGUGUCAAUUAAUGAACAUGAUGAAGAUAUAUUAGAUAUAUUCCUUUUUAACGAUUUCAGUUGCAUUUCUUUCAUACGUAUGUAUGUGCAUUUUUAUUAAAAAUCGUCCAAAUCUGCUGCAUAGAUAUCUUGGGGCAGACUAUAGAUUAAAAUGAUACUUGUGGUGCUGUUUUUGAUAGAAUUUACAUACCAUGUACGUUUUUCCCAAUAUUUCAUAAUUUUUUUCACUGAAAGAUAAUUUUUUAGAAUCUGUUCGGACUAAAUUAGGCUUUUUUGGUAGAACAUGUAUAUUUAUAUUUUGAAAUUCAUUCUUUGUUGUUUAGUAGUAGAGCAGUAGUUGUUUGGCUGUAAAUUUAAUUGUUUACAUGUAAACUAUUGUGUAUGCCUAUUUUUACUUAUUGCUUGACCAUCUCUAUUUGAGAGGUGAAAAAUAAAAUUUCUAUUCUGAUCUUGAUGUUGUGAAAAGAUGACUACAUAUAUGGUAAUUAAAUUAUUCAACGUAUUAAGAAUAUUGAGAUACUAAAUAUGAAAUGUAAUAAUUAUUUUUUUAACUAAACAUGUAGUAAACAGUAUUCAUUGUGUUUUCUCAGAUUAUGAAAUGCCAAAAUUAUACUGUAUACAGGGUUAUUAUCACCCCAUAUAAUUUUCGACUUUCUACACUUGCAAACAGUUUCUCUUUGUCUUGAAUUCGCUCAUACACAGUCAUGUUUUAAGAGAGAUAAUUUGAGACAUUGGAAUUUGCCCAGCCUUAAUUCGCUCGCUGAUAACAAAGGCGAAAGGGGCAAAAAUAAAACGGGGGCGAAUAUUUCCUUAUAUACAGUACAUGUAUAUCAUUAAGAAAUUGUUUACAUGUAGAAAUGUAGGAAUAUUAUUGAUAGGAGGAUAAAAUCCUGCCUUGUAAGAUAAAUUGUGUAUAUGUAGAAAUGUAGGAAUAUUAUAUAAAAUAGAAGGAUGAAAUCCUGUCUUGUAAGAUAAAUAGGGAAGUCUUUAUUUACUCACUAUUGUAAUAAACGAUCUGAUGGUUUUCACUUUUGUGUUCAAAAGUUUUCAUCGAUUGUUUUAUGUACACCCAGCCUUUUAUAACACUGUAAAUGUUGCCUUCAGUUGGUAUCUGCACUAUUUAUAUGAUUAUUAUUUCUAUAAUUUGCUAUUUACAUUGUAUGCAUUUUUGUUAUAUGAUAUUUUAUUAAGGCAUCCACCAUUUCUGAUAACAUAGAUAUUUGUACGAUUGUAAUGCAAGUGGUCAAACUAAAUCUACACCAAUUAAUUCAAACUUCGGUAUUAAUUUACAAACCAAUAUUUUGGUUUUGUAUAAUUUUUAUUUUUAAUUACUAGUAAUUUGUUGUUUUUUUUUUAUCUCAAACUCUCAGUUAUAUUGAUAAAUUCGGUUUAUUUUUGUUUCACUCAGACUCAAAAAAAUAAACGCUCAAAUUUGAUUUAGGAUCAGAAUUUAGAAUUAGUGUUGAUCUGUUUUACACUACAUGUACUAGUAUAUGCACAUGUAGAUAGAUGGUAGGCAAAACAAGACAAGUCUUAAGACUUCAGCCUGAUUUUCUUGUUCAUGAUUUAUCAGUGUCUGAUCCAAUGUUUACAUUUUAUAGUCUUUUUUAUUUUACCAGGUAUUAGUUUAGUUUCAUACCCCUGUACUUACAUAGUUCACUGUUGAUCUUAAGGCUGGUCAAACCAGCCCAUUGUUGUGUUUGCUUUUAUCACUGCCUGCAUUCUCCUUUUUAGCUCACCUGAGCUGAAAGCUCAAGUUAGCUUUUCUUAUCAUUUUUUGUCCGGCGUCCGUCUGUCUGUCCGUCCAUCUGUCCGUCUGUCUGUAAACUUUUUACAUUUUCGACUUCUUCUCCUGAACCACUUGGCCAAUUUCAACCAAACUUGGCACAAAGCAUCAUUGGGUAAAGGGGAUUCAAGUUUGUUAAAAUAAAGGGACACACCCUUUUAAGGGGAAAUAAUUAGGAUUUAUUGAAAAUUUGGUGAUAUAUUUCAAAAAUCUUCUUCUCAAAAACCAUUUGGUCAGAAAAGCUGAUACUUGUGUGGAAGCAUCCUCAGAUAGUGUAGAUUCAAGUUUGUUCAAAUCAUGGUCCCCGGGGGUAAGGUGGGGCCACAAUGGGGUCGAAGUUUUACAUAGAGGAGUAUUUAGAAUUAAUCUUUAAAAUCUUCUUCUCAAAAACCAUUUGGCCAGAAAAGCUGAUACUUGUGUGGAAGCAUCCUUAGAUAGUGUAGAUUCAAGUUUGUUCCAAUCAUGGUCCCCGUGGGUAAGGUUGGGCCACAAUGGGGGGGGGGGGUGGUCUAAGUUUAACAUAGGAGUAUAUAGAGUUAAUAUUUAAAAAUCUUCUUCUCAAAAUCCAUUCGGCCAGAAAAGCUGAUACUUGUGUGGAAGCAUUCUCAGAUUGUAAAGAUUCAAGUUUGUUCAAAUCAUGAUCCCCAGGGGUAAGAUGGGGCCAGAAUGGGGGGUCGAAGUUUUACAUAGGAGUAUAUAGAGUUAUACUUUCAAAAUAUAUAUCUCAAAAACUAUUUGGCCAGAAAAGCUGAUACUUGUGUGGAAGCAUCCUCAGAUAGUGUAGAUUCAAGUUUGUUCCAAUCAUGGUCCCCAGGGGUAAGGUGGGGCCACAAUGGGGGGGUGGAAGUUUUACAUAGGAGUAAAUAGAGUUAAUCUUUAAAAAAAUUUAUUCUCAAAAACCAUUUGGCCAUUCUUGGGCUGACACAAGUUUGAUGUAGGUUUAUAUCUUAUUUGAUUUAGAUGUUCUUGAGAACUGUAAUGCUCAAUAUGUGAAAUGACUAUACUCUGACAAAAAGGGAUCAAUGAUAAACAGAAUAUCCUGGGAAAAAAUUGAAUUUUUGAUAUACAGGAUCUGUUAGACUACAUUGUCCAUAUAUUUUUUUGGUAUAUUACUCCGUAAAGCUGAUUUUAUAAUGGCUAUUGUUGCUCAGGUGAGCAAUGUGGCCCUUGGGCCUCUUGUUUUAAACUGAUAGUUUUUGUUGGAUUAUUUGUGUGCGAGUGUGUAAUGUAUCAUAUAUAGAGUAUACCGGUAAAUUAGAGAAGUCCGUGCAUUUGUGAAACAGAUAUGCUCACUGGUUACCAUGGAAGCAUUUAAUUUAAUGGGGGCCAAUUUUCUGGUAUUGUGAGUUUUUUGCUAAUUUGUGGGGAUGUAAUUCAAUGGAUGCAUCAGUUUUCAGUCUCAGCAGGAAAAAUAAAUCUUUUAUAAUUAGUUUUCGUAAUGGUUGUAAAUUCAUGGGUGAGGGCUACCAACGAAUACCAUGAAAAUUGAGCCACCGUGAAUUUUAAUGAUUUCACAGUACUUUCUCAUUGUUGAAUCUUAGUUAUUUCUGUGCUCCUCGUUUAUACUGUUUUCUUGUGUUAAAAGAAUUUCUGUCUAGAAGAGGUGAUGGUACAACAUUGUCAAACCUUAUUAAUUAACUAGUAUUUAAAUUAUUCAGUUAUACAAUUACACGCUUUGUAUCUGUUAUAUCAAUUACUCCAUCACUGUGAUUAAAAAAAAGAAAUCUCAUUUUCUGUAAGAAUGUAUAUAAUAUAUUGAAGCACAGGGGCAUCUUAUCUGCUCUGCUCUCUAUGACAUAUAAUUUAUAUAUACAUGUAAUUAUAUGACAAAGAGAGCAGAGUAAAAAGAUGCCCCUGUUGUUGGAGUGGGUAUUUCCUUUUAGGUGAGCAGCAUUAUUACAUGUUUACAUGUUCUGAGCACAUUGAAAUGCAAAUAAAAUAAAUUAAGUUCUGUUCUAAAUGCUGUGUUUGAUAAUAAAAUUUUUACUCAAUG